AUGAGUCGUUCCAGCAAAAAACGCACGGCGGAUGAAGCCGCCGCUGCGCAGCAAGAGCAGGGUGACACCAGGCUUGAACUGGAUGUGAUUACCGGCUCAUUAUGGCAGCCAACGUGCCAAGCACUAGAUCCAGUUCCUAGCAAGAUCCCGUUGGUCUUCGAUGACGAGCCGCAUUACCGCCGUACAUUUGAGCCCCUCCUUAUUGAGGAGGCCCGGGGCAGUCUCAGGGCCGAGUUUGAUGAAGCCAUGCUCGCGGGCAGGGGCUGGCCAGUGGCCGUAACCAGCUGA